UGGUUCUCCAGUUGCCAGUGUGGCUUUAGGGGUGAGGGUUGUUUGCUCGUGCUGGGUCCAGGCGGAAACUUAAUAUAUGGUUUGUGGCUCAGUUAGUGAGAUAGUUCACCGCUGAAUGUGUGAUAAGGUGCUAUUGCAGUGCUGUUGUUGUGUACCGUGUGAAGGAUCAGUGUUGCACACAGUGGAUUUACACAUCAAGUCAGCAUCGAGGGAGCAUUGGGACUCGGCGUCUGUCCGUGCGUCGGCUGCUGUGGUGUUGGAGGAGAGUGGAGCGCGUCCUCACCGUGCUCCUCACUGACGAGCUCACCACCGCCCCGCCCUGAGGACCUCGACGACUGCUGCCCCGGCACCACCCCCCUCCUUUCCUCCCAUCCCACGCCCACGCCAGGGGCAGAUCACACCACGCCCCCGCCACCUGCUGCCCACAAUGUGCAUCAGUUGACGUGCAUGGCGCCCAAUGAUGGGUCGGGCGUGCGGAUGGGGCGGAAGGGUGGUCACGACGGCGACCAGCUGAUGGGCAGGUUUGGCCCUGGAGGCCAAGUGGGCCACACUCCACACAAGGACCGCCCGCCGGACACCGCCCACCUCCCAGUGCGGGCCACACGCCGCACCGCCCCUCACGACGCCGCUCACCGCCGCCGCCGGGUCCAGGUUGGCCACGUCCGCAAGCGGUCGGGGGAUGAGAUCGGUAUGGGCGCGGAAAGACUUACCAAGUUACCGAGGGCCUCGCCGCCACCGUCGCCAGUAAACGGCGUGCGACGCCUCAAUGGCUGUGUCAAUGGCGGCGUAAACGGAGAGGCGGCUGCCCUCCUGCACCGGCUGACGGGGCUGCCGGGGACGGGGGAGAAGCGCCCACGACCCAACAACAACCAUAGAAACAAUGGUGUUACAAAAGACUCUUUACAGAACGGUGUAGGACACCUUUUAGGUAAAAAUGGCAUUAAGUGUUUUAAUGGUAGUGUAAACGGACGAGUUAACGGCACAGUACGGCCAGAACGGGUGAACGGUGUACGGCGAGUGGUGAGUGAUGAAUACAGGAGGAAGUUGGAGCACCACACCAACAACAACAUAGAGACGCCUUCCUUACUGCCGGCCACACCCACCAAACUCACCCACAGUGAAGCCCUCCCCCAUACUGGCGGCCACUCGCCCACUGCCGCUAAGCGUGCAACUCAGGGAAUCCCUCACCCAACUCAGGGCUUAACUUUGAGCUGUGAUGUCGGCCUCACGCCGCCCACCCUUUCCCCCAGGGCCGCACACCAGCCUCCCUUAUCCCCCACGGCUGCCCGGUGCUCGGCCAAGUCGUCUCCUCCGCCCGCUCACACCAGCCCCUGCACCAGCAAGAGCAGAAGCAGCUCUGCCAGCUCUGGUGCAGGGUCCUCCGCUCCCAGCUCGGGCACCUCCACGCCAACGCCCACAGUCCGCUUCCCCCCUCCCGAGAAGAAGGAGGCGGCCGAUGUGUGCCGUUGGCGGGAGUGUAACCUCACCCUCGACCCUGCCUGCUCCCUCCUAGAACACAUUCAGGCUGUGCACGUGGAAGGUCAACUGGAGGCAGAGAGCUUCAGGUGCCUGUGGGUCGGUUGUAAGGUGUAUGACAAAGCCUCGUGCUCUGUGUCGUGGUUGGAAAGACACGUUCUCACACAUGGAGGACACAAGCCAUUCAAAUGUAUCGUUGACGGGUGUGGUCAGAGAUUUACGUCUCAGAAUGCACUAGGUCGGCACGUGAACCACCACUUCAGCACAGCGGCAGCUACACCAUCUCCUCGACCCCCCACCCAACCUUCACCCACCAAGUUGAUACGCAAAAAUGGACGCAAGUGCCGUUAUAGAAAAAAGCCUUGGUCAGACUCAAGGGCUAAAGCUCCAGUCCCUGCCCGAAUGUUUGAUAUGUUUGAUGUGGGUGUGAUGGAAUGUGUACGGUGGAGGCUCAUGUGUGUUACGCAGAUACAGAAUGGAGGUGCUACUCAGCCUUCAAGUCAAACCUUCACACUGAGACCACAGGUUCUAGCAAGACGGAGUUGUUCCAAAGGAAGUAAAGAGGUCCUAGUAAGAUGGUGUCCACCAGGAGUACUUGCUGAUGAGUGGGUUGAAUUGGACCAGCUUGAAGAAUCGCGGAGUGUGCCCCUAGAGCAGCUGUCCCCAGAAGCCAAACAAGCUGUUACUCAGUUAUGCUUUCCAAGCUUAGCUCGGCCUCAAAAACACAGACGCAAAUGCCCCUCAUGUCCAAAAUCUUUAUCUUUAGAUAUAUCUAAAGCAGUGUGAUGUUAGGGAGAAAGUAAUUUUUUUAAAGACAAAAGUUAGGUCUUGAUCUCAUUCCAUUACGGAGUAACACAAUGUGUGUGUGUGUGUGGUGUGAGCAUUCCCCAGCCAGGUGUUGUGUUUGAGGGAUGUUGUAGUGCCCACAGUUGGAGCUCAGAAUGUUGAACUUGUCGAUUAUAGGAAUCCAAGUGAAUGGACCAAAUAUUGGACCAAAAAAUGAUAUUCUGUGCAAACUAAAAAAGAAGCAUGUAUCUGUGUGUACAGUUGCCUAUGUAUAUUUGUAAAUAGUGUGAGAGUAGAACAACCAGCAUAGUUUGUCCACUGCCAGGAGCUCUUAUACUAUUAUUAUGUGUAAAAGGGUCAAGUGACCAGUGUUAGGGUAAUAUAUGUCAUCCUUGUGAGCCAACAUUGCUCCUCCCAGAAAGAUUUAUGGCAUCUUACCUGAAAAUCAUGAUGCUUUUUAUUUAUUGUUGUCAGAUAAUGCAAAAUGUAUUUAUAUUAAAUACCUGAUUUGUAAUGGUUAGUAGUAAUAGAGUCAUAGAGACUGAUUACUAACAGUAGAAUAGCUGCCAUUUAUCUGUAAAGUGGAGUUGUAAUGCUGAUAGAUGGCCACCCAAAAAAACACCACUGCCAGACAUCAGGAACAUCUAAGCCAGACCAGGCCACAAACAACAAAACGGGUGCCCAUUAUGUCUGUUUGUUUGUCAUGUUGUAUGUAUCUAACUCGAUAUAGUUUUUUUCUAAUACACUGUCCUUAACACUGUACAGCAGAUCUGGUUAUGCCAGUUUGCAGAUAAGGUGUAGGAGGAUUACCCCCACCUUACUUUUUCUUCUCUCCCCCCACCCCCCCACCCAAUUUAUAAGUUAGCUUCAUGUGUGAAUGUUAUUUUGUUAUUUAUAAGUCCUCAAAGCUUUGGACUACAGUGGGGUCUGGCUCGAGAUAGUUCCUAGAAUGCCAACACUGCCCAUUAAUAUAAGAUUAAUUAUUUUAUUGUAUUUUAUAUUGUCUUAAUAUUUUAUUUUCAUUUCCUGUCCUUAUUUCUUUUAUGUCCACUUUAUAGGGUUGUCGUGAACAUUUUACUGUAAUGUAUAACAAAGCAUUUUGUACCAUAUUAUGGUAACUGCAGCUAGGUUCUUAGUCUCACCUGUUUGUCAAUUUAGAUUUACUUCUUAGACUCUUUGUUAAUGUGAUUUGUUUUCAUUGUUUAAUUUGUAUACUUGAUAUCAAAUUACCUACCAUUUUAUAAUUUCCUGUACUCAGUUUCACGUCCAUUUCCUUUGCUUUAACUACUCUUGUACUGUAUAGAGGGUUGGUGAAUACUUUUUGCCUCCCAUGCCCAACAUUGGUGCCAUAUUUAUACAAAAGUGAACCCACCCAUAGCAGUAAUACAUCACCCCUCCUCACCAACAGACAGACUUCAGAUACGCUCAAUGUGAUCUCUUUGUAGAAUGCAGGGACUUGUUACCCUGUUAACAAAUAUGUGAUGUGGUGGAAGAUAAUUGUAUGCCUCAGUAAGGGACAUAGUUUGAACCAUCUUUUAUAAAUUCUAGUUGUUAGUAUUUAUCUACAUAACCUAAAAGUAAUUUGUUUUACUCUAGUGGAAAAUCUAUACUAUGAACCAGUGCAAACUUGUUACCUAUUAAAAUCUGGAUAUAUUAUUUAUCGUCACAAACUAUAACAGAACCAGAACUGGCUUAGGCAUCCAUUUUCUUCUACCUAGCCACAAAAAUCAAGGUUGGCGAGUUGGCUCUUUGCUGAGUCGCACUGUCAUACUAGUCACUUUGGGUUGUGUAGGGUUGAGAAAGCAGUGCUUAAGUUUAAGCUUAAAGAUUUGUAUUUUACUCAUGGACUGGGCUACAGUACAGUAUAGGAAGAUCCUCACUUGUGAUUAGAAUAUAUAAAGGCUCUCUGUCAAUGUUACAGGAAAUGUAAAGUGAACUGUGCACUAUUAAUUUAUUAAUGUCAUAGUAGUAAUAGAUUUGCUUUCUCAGGUUUCUUUUGUGAUUUGUAUUACCUCAGCUGUUUUACAUAAUCCUUCAUAUAAACAAAAAAAUGGGCAUUUGAUGUUGAUUCAAGUCAGUAAAAUAGAUUAUUGAAAGCUCACUCAGAGCAUGUAACUAAGUUGAUAUACACACAGUUUGAUUAAAAAGAAAAAUUAAAUGAAAGUUAACAUUUAUAUGAAUUGUGUAUAUUUGCUUACCAAGUGACACUGCUUUCGAACCCUGCACCCCUCCAUUCCCUUACUCCCCCACCCCCAACCCACCCACCCCUACCUUGGGACCCCUGCACUUCUCCGCCAUGAUUUUAAGACAUUGUUAAAAGAAGCCUCAUGUCCUGAAGCCAAUUCAUCAGAGCAAAUGGGGUAUUUCAUCUGGCAUGAUAUUGCAGUUACUGUAUGAAUAUUGACUAAUAUGAUCAAUGUAAUAAAAUAUCAAUAAUGAUUUUAACACAACAAGCUUUGUAGAAAUUAGUUACUGAGCAUAUUUUUCCAUUUACAAAUUACAUUACAUUCAUUCCAUGUUUGUUCUGAUAUUUUAAGACAACUUACUGUAUAAAGGACUUUAAUUGUGCUGUAAAAAAAAAAGGAAUUUAUAUUACUAGAGAUUGCAUUGGUGCAUUUUUACAGAAUAUUAUGUUACCUUUUGAAGUACUUGUUGGAAAAGCUAGGUCGAGUGGUGGAGAGUGUAGGUUAACCCUGGGUACUCCAGGUAUACCCACAGUAUUCCCAUAUGUUAUCAUGUUCUUUGUUGAUUUAAGUAACCCGGGGAUGGCUGCAGCCUAAGCCAUAUGCAACAUGUACAUCCAUUUCCCAAUUUCAUUUUCAUUAGUUUUAACCUGUCCUGUGAGGAUGUGGUUAAUAUUGUAUUUAUUUAUAUAUUUCUGUGUCCUUUUUGCCUUCAGUACAAUGUAACUUCAGGCUGUAUUUAGAAGACAAAAUUCAGUCAGCAAACUUACUCUUAAUAGAGUAUUAAGAAUACUGAAAACACACUAACGGUAAAUUUUUUGUGUGUGAAUUAUGCAUCUCCUUUUUUGAAUACUAAAUAUAUGUUAGAAUGUCUUAUUUGACCAGAGUCUUCUACGUACACUUUUUUUUAGCUGUUGAACAUUUAUACAGCUGCUGUUUUGUUAUUUUUUGUACUUUUCUACUUUAUAUACUCAUCCUAAGUGUCCAUAGCACAAUGGGAAAUAAGGCAGAGUAAGUGGAACUGUAUUCAUUAUCAUAACUUUGAACAUGUGUUAGAUAAAGAAGACAUAGAAAAAGUUGUAAGAAGACAAGAGAGAGAGCACAAUGGUCAAAUAGUGAAUGUGGGUGUUGUGGGUGUCACAUUAGUCAUUUAAAAGUUCUGUUUGUGGUACAUGACACCAUUAAGUUGAUGAGGUUGUAAAUCUGGGCAGUACUGUACUAAUUAUGAGGAUUGUAGAUUACCAGUUUAAUGUCCCAGGGCUUUGCGCCUUCUGUACUUAAUUGAGGGUUACCCUGAUGGUUCACCAAUAUCUCAAUAGGAAUAUCCAGGAAGGAUAGGGCGGUGAAAAUAGGGGAGUUUUUAUUAUUAUAUAUCUGUAAUGCCUUUUAAGUUCAUAGUUACUAUUAUUUAUUAAAACAUUAAUUUCCAAAAGUAUUAACUAUUAUGUGCUCAAUUUACUUUUGAUUCUCAUAGUUACACCUACAUAGGCUGUGCUUUCAUCUAAAUGGCCAGGGAUUUGUAACACAAAAGCCAUGACUUUUAACAAUUCAGACUCUUAUGUGACUUCAUUAGAGAUAAGAAACCUCCAGUUUUCAAGUAGCUCUUGUCAAUGAAACAAUAUGAGUUGUAAUUUAGGUCUUAUGAUUCUAUGUAAAAACUGAUGCUCCUCUUGGGACACUGAUGUAAUGGUUUGUGUACAUCAUUUAACAGUUUAAGGACCUAAUUUCAAUCUGGUGACCAGCCGAAGAGCAGGUCAUCACUGGCCAUGGUGUGCUCCGAGCUAGUCACUGUGCUAUCCUGGGAUCUACACUGGUGUACUAUGUCAAAAAGAUGCCCACAAGUCCAUCAGACAAUUAUAUAAAUAUUAGUUUAAGUAGGUCCAUCAGUUAUGCAAGUUUUCUUUGUUGCUGCUUAUUCAUUCAUACAGAUACAAAAGGAAAUUAGUCAGUUUGUGUCAAUAGAAAACAUGAAAUCUUGUAUUAUUUACUAUUGAACCAAGAUGCAGUAAAUUUAUUGACUAUGUCUUUAUGAAAUACUUCUGUAAUAUGAGCCAUUGUCAUUGGCUUCAUAAAAUGACUCCUCUUUUCACCCCUGAUAAUUCCUGAUGCAAGAUCCUAAAUGGGCAUUUCUUCUUAACCCCCAUAAUUUUGCUACAAGUAGAGCCCUGGCCACAGCAUAUCCAGUGCCUUUCCUCUGCAGUAGGGAACAUAUCACAGCUUCUUAUGUUCUUUUGAGUCCCUACUCAUCAUGUAGGGCUGGAAAAGUGUGAUGCGUAUGAAUUGUGGGUGCUGUUGUAAAAUGCAAGUAAAUCUUGUCUCUGAAGUUAGUCUGACUACAUGGCAAAUAAUCUAUAUGAAAUUAGGGUGAUAUUGUAACCUUAAUUACAUGGGACUUACUGCUAGUGAUUGACUACUUGUAUAGUAUAGUUUCAGUUUUAACUACAUUUUCAAUGCCCCUGUCUCAGCACAUCAGCGCCCAAUACUUAUUACAGUAGUUGAAUUGUGAGCACAUAUGAGGCAAUAGCCACCAGCUUCAUGAGUCAAAGUUCAUGUUUGUACCUUUAAAUCAGUUUACUGCAUAAGUAAGCUGAUGUUAGUGUCAGAAGUAUCUCAUUUCUCAAAGUGGAGAUCUCAAGCAUUGGAUGUUUCAAUUAUAUAUUUACUUUUGUUGGGGGGUGUAUGUCUUAAGUGUAUUUUCCAGAUACUUUUGUUAUUAUAGUGAUACUUGAAACUAGCACUGCCAGUAACAGUCAGGUUAUUAACAAUAAGGGUAUGUCAGUAACAAGUGUGCCAGCUACAAUUACUGCCUGCAUUUGCAGAUGAUAACCAUUUGUAAUGCCAUUUCAUUCAACUCUCGGUGCUUGUGUGUGUGAGGAACUGAGAUAUCAUUCCAUUGUGGAGGCUACUUUAAGCUAACACAUGAUCAUAAGCCACAUUUAUGAACUUUGUUGGAACUCCAACAGAUCUAGUUGAAACACCAAAUACACUUUAGCCACUUCAACACCUAAAUUUGAAAAUAUGGCUCCUUGCCUUGGAAGUGUUGUUAUGACUUUGUUUUGAGAGGAAUUUUACGGUCAUGGUGCGCUGAUGUUGCUCGUGAUUUCAAUGAUCUCGUACACUGAUGAUUACUGUGAGGCUCAUUGGAGGUUCAUCACUGCCAAUGUUAGGAAGCCAAUAGUGUACCCACUGCCUUGCAUACAAGUGAAACUAAUGUUAAUUAAUAUUAAUUUAUUUUGCUGGACCAUGAUGUGAGAAGACGCGUGUUCCUUUAGCAUAGGGCCAUGGAAGGUUUGUGCUCUUCUAAUUUCAGAAAUGAUCAUACAGUACUGCAUUUGUUUUUCACUUUAAAAGUGAAAUUUUCUUUGGAAAAAGAAAUAUUGUAAUUCACAUGAAUGGCAAAAUAUAGUUUUCUUUCAUAAAAAAUUUACCUUUGCAUUGAAAAUAUUAACAUAACUAAAUAGAGUUGUGAAAGAGCAUAAACUUUGAACCUCAUCCGGCCCUAUGGUACAGUGUGUAGAAUAAAUGUGACAAGCGGA